AUGAAACACACAUCGUUGUUGACAAUCGCAUUGCUCAUGACCUUGGCGGUCCUCAGUGCCAAUGCAGACUUAUUUGAUUGUGAUGAUAAAAUUUUACCAUCACUCUCCGAAAUACCUGGUAUUGGACCGAAAAUAGCCAGCACCGAAGAUACUGGGGACAAGGUUAAGGGUGUCUUCAAGGAUUGGGGCUGUAAAUUCAAGAAAACUGCCAGCGAUUUUGGUGACAGUGUCAAGGAGAAGUCCAAACAGCUGGGUGAAGAUGUUCGUGAUGGUUUCAAAAAACUCACCGAAAAAUCCAAGGAACUGCAUACGAAAAUCGAAGCGAAGUUCCAUGAUUUCAAAGAUCAUUUGAGUAAGGAUUCCGCUGAAUUUGUACCACACAAGGAUAAGAAAUUCGUUUUGGAAAAUGUUGAAAUGAUAAAUCCCGACAAAUUGAAGGCCGAUCAGGAAUGUGGUCAUGGAUUUAUUUUGGAUGUAUUGGGCAAUUGUAAACAAGUGAGAAAAUAAAA